AUGGCCGACUCGACUCGGCCGCUUCUCUCCGAUUCCAACUCGUCCCAGUCUAAGCUUCCACCAAAAAGAUCCCUCGACGAAACGAUCGAGCAGUGCAUCGGAAACUUCGGGUGGGCACAGUUUUUCCAAGCCACUCUAGUCUCACUCGCUUGGGUCUUCGACGCUCAGCAAACAUUCAUCACCGUCUUCACCGACUCACAGCCCACGUGGCACUGCCUCGACUCGGACCGAUUCAACUAUGCUUGCAACUCUUCCUCCAACCUCUGCACCUUACCCAACCAAACCUGGUCUUGGGAUUUUAACCCACACGUGUCAAUCAUAUCCGAGUGGAGUCUACAAUGCGCCGGCUCGUUCCUCAAGGGAUUACCUGCAAGCUCCUUCUUCCUCGGCUGUCUGAUCGGCGGCUUAGCUCUCUCUACGCUCGCCGACUCAUCGCUAGGUCGUAAGAACAUGCUCUUGUUGUCAUGUCUUAUCAUGUCUUUGUCUUCGAUGUUAACAGCUUUCUCAACAAGCAUUUGGGUUUAUGCGUUCUUGAGAUUCUUGAACGGUUUCGGCCGAGCCACGGUGGGGACUUGCGCGCUCGUUCUAUCUACGGAGUUAGUCGGUAAAAAAUGGCGAGCACAAGUCGGUGCGAUGGGUUUCUUGUGCUUCACUUUGGUCGGGGUUUUUGUCCGGGAGUCUCCUAGAUGGCUUAUCGUAAAGGGUCGUAAAGAAGAAGCCAUCUCGAUUCUCCAAAGCAUUGCUUCUAAUGCAAUCACUAUGAGUUUCUCGAACUUAUCUUUGGAUGUCCAAGAAGAUCGAUCCAAGUCAAACCCUGAUGUUUUCGACGCGUUAAAGAUCUUGGUGAGGAAACCUUGGUCGCUUAGGAGACUAUUAGCGGUUAUGGCGGUUGGGUUCGGUAUUGGUAUGGUUUACUACGGAAUGCCCUUAGCUUUAACGAAUCUAAAUUUCAAUCUUUACUUAGGUGUUGUGUUCAACGCCUUGUCUGAAUUACCAGCGUUUCUUAUAACGUUUUUCUUCAUUGAUAAAAUCAAUAGAAGAGAUGCGUUGAUCGGAUUCACAGCUCUAACGGGAGUCUCUAGCGUUCUCAUCGCUGCGGUAGGACAACGAAUAGGGUCACUACAGAUUGUGUUAGAGCUGGUUUCGUUUUUCAGCGUGUGCACCGCGUUUAACAUGACGCUUAUAUACACGAUUGAGCUGUUCCCGACGUGUGUGAGGAACUCGGCGAUUGCGAUGGUGAGGCAAGCGUUGGUGUUUGGCGGCGUUUUUAGUCCCGUGAUGGUUGCUGCUGGUCGGGAAAAUCAGUUUUGGUCUUAUGGGUUGUUUGGUUUGAUCAUAGGGUUGUUUGGCUUGUUUGUGGUUGGGUUGCCAGAGACUAGAGGAAGUGUUUUAUGUGACACUAUGGAUGAGGAAGAGUAUAAGAAUAUAGCAAAGGAACCAAUUAUUAUUGGUUGA